AUGAUGGCAGAUGUGAGCGGUAGUGGCGCCACAAGUAGCCCACAACUGAGUUCGUCUCUAAGUCGCAAACUCAACAAGGUGCUGGAACUCAAUACUGAGGAACCUGAGCUGUUGGCUGCUCUCAACCAUUUGUCGGGGUGGUAUGGGCCACCCCACGCCCCCAACUCGAAGCAUGCGCGGCGCCUCUUACGAAGCGAUCUCGAGCGGCAAACACUCCGCAUCAACAAGGACUUUCUCCUCGCCUUUUCCCUCGUACAACUGAGCUUGGAGCAAGUGGAAGGGGACGUUGGGCGCAUGAAGGAAAGCUGCCUCUUCAUGGCCGAGCGCCUGAGUAAGACGCGCCUGGCUGCUGGCAAGCUCAUUCUCACGGCCGACAAGAAGGAGAACGAACGCAAGAAAGAGGUGGCGGAAGCCUUCUUGGAGCGGUUCCGCCUGACUGAAGCGGAACAGGCAACCCUGCGUGUGGGAGACAUUGACGAGCUCUUCUUCGACGCCCUCAAGCACGUUGGACAGAUCUACUCCGAGUGCCCCGUUCUCCUUCGUACCCACCAGAAAGCCGGCUUCGAAGUGAUGGAGGCAAUGUCGAUGGAGCAGCAGUCCGCCUACGAUCGUCUGUACAGGUGGGUAAAGGACGAGUUUGCCACCUUGAGAGAUGACCCGAGCGAGAUCAAUCCCUUCCUCAUCGUCGCCGUGUCCACCCUUCAGGAGAAGCAGCCCGUCCUCCUCAGUUACUGCUUCGACGAGAUCGUGCACACACGUUCACAGGUGUCGCUCGGGGCUUUUCACGCUGCCCUCACGGUAGGCGGUCCCGGGGGCACCCCGCGGCCGAUCGAAAUGCAUGCGCAUGAUCCUCUCCGCUAUGUAGGUGACAUGCUGGCAUGGCUCCACCAGGCAGUUGCUUCCGAAUAUGAACUCCUCAACCGCGUUUUUGGAACCGAGGGGGGACAAGUGACCGGCAACCGGGUGUUUACGGAGGACAAAGCGCAACUUCCACAUGACGCACGCCAUGCGGAGGAGAUGCCCAACAAGCAGCAGCACCCACCAAGGCACGCAGUCUAUGGCACCAAACAUAACAUCCGGGAAAGCCUCGCCAAGGUCCUCAGCCGCAUAUUCGAGCCUCUUCUGCAGCCUUUCAAGAUCCGACUGGACCAGGUCCUCGACCCGCACAGCAAGCCCAGCACAGUCGAAGUGUUCCGCAUCAACAACAUGCUCGACUUCUAUUCGCGCAUGAUCACUAGGAUCAUGGGCCACGGUGCCUCCCUCCCGUCCCUGUUCAGCGACUGCAAGGAGGAGGUCCUCAAGCUCUUUUAUGACACCCUCAAAUCCGACGCCGACAUCUUGCUGUCUCGUGCUCCGAUGGAGAUCAUGGCGACCUUUGAUGAAUCCCUGGUACCAAUGGACGAAAGGGCAGCUGAGUUUGCGCCUGUGCUGUCAGCAGUGAUAGACCCGCUGUCCAAGGCGUGUGCAAUCAGCGCCACAGCCCUCAAGGCGGCGGAUAUGGCAGUCUACCUCAUCAACUGCCUCAGCGUUGUCCAGGGUUCGGUAUCAGCUUACGACUUUGCCACCAGUCGCGUUGAGGCCCUGGGGAUGCACAUCGAGUCUCACUUGGAUACUCUUGUAACCGAGGAGACAGCACGAUUUCUUCGCAAUUGUGGCAUAGCAGAAAAGAUGGCUGUCCUUCAGUAUCGCACUACCCAGGGUCCUCUGUCACUCGAGCCAGGCAUGGACAGCCGGUCACUCGCUACAGCUGUCCGCGGUUUCGAACGCUCCCUUUCCGACUUGGAAGCCUUCAUCAUGCCGCACUGUGACAAGCUCAUGGAACACAACCUGCGGGCAACAGCACGUUCACGAGUGGGGGACAACAUUGUUGGCCUCUUCUCUGCACUCCACGAGGCUGUGUAUGACCCGCGAAACAAGUACGAUGAACCACGGAUGGUUGUGCGCUACAAGCCCGAGCAGGUCAAGACCAUCGUGGACGCCCUCUGA